AUGUUACUGAGCGGAGCUUCCCCGGCCGCGCCCCCCGCACCUCCCCCGGACAUCUUGGCCGCCUACCGACUGCAGAGGGAGCGCGACUUCGAAGACCCCUACUCCGGGGGGCCGUCCGGCUCCGCUGCUCUAGCCACCCCUGCCGUUCCCGGGCCCACGCCGCCCCCGCGCCACGGCUCGCCACCCCACCGCCUUAUUCGGGUCGAGACCCCUGGCCCCCCAGCGCCUCCCCCCGAGGAACGGAUCUCUGGACCACCCGCCAGCAGCGACAGGUUAGCAAUUCUAGAAGACUAUGCGGAUCCGUUUGAUGUUCAGGAGACUGGUGAAGGCCCAAUAGGAGCUUCAGGAGCCCCAGAGAAGGUCCCCGAGAAUGACGGUUACAUGGAGCCCUAUGAGGCCCAAAAGAUGAUGGCUGAGAUCCGGGGCUCCAAGGAGACAGCAGCUCAGCCCUUGCCUCUGUAUGACACGCCCUAUGAGCCAGAGGAGGAGGAGGGGGCCACCCCGGAAGGUGAGGGGGCCUCCUGGCCCCGGGAGUCCCGCCUGCCAGAGGAUGAUGAGAGGCCCCCUGAGGAGUAUGACCAGCCCUGGGAGUGGAAGAAGGAGCGGAUUUCCAAAGCCUUCGCAGCCCAGUUUGAAGGAUCUGAGAAGAGCUGCCUGUCACCUGGCCGGGAGGAGAAGGGGCGGCUCCCUCCCCGACUCUCCGCAGGGAACCCCAAGUCAGCCAAGUCCCUAAGCGUGGAGCCCAGCAGCCCCCUGGGGGAGUGGACAGACCCAGCACUGCCUCUGGAAAACCAGGUCUGGUACCACGGGGCCAUCAGUCGAACAGAUGCCGAGAACCUGCUCCGGCUGUGCAAAGAGGCCAGCUACCUGGUGCGCAACAGUGAGACCAGCAAGAACGACUUCUCCCUGUCCCUCAAGAGCAGUCAGGGCUUCAUGCACAUGAAGCUGUCCCGGACCAAGGAACACAAGUAUGUGCUGGGCCAGAACAGCCCGCCCUUCAGCAGCGUCCCUGAAAUCGUGCACCACUACGCCAGCCGCAAGCUGCCCAUUAAGGGGGCCGAGCACAUGUCCCUGCUCUACCCCGUGGCCAUCCGGACUCUGUAGGUGUGAGGCCUGGGCAUUGUGACAGAUCUGGACCCAGCCCUGUGUUCAUCCCCUGGCUGAGGGCUGUGGCCCUUCCUGGGCCACAUGAUCUCUCAAACCUUUCUUGGCACUCUCCCUGGAAUCCAGUGGCAGCUGGAGAUUCCUUAAUUUAUUCUAAAGGGAAGGACUACUGGAGCCUUGGAGUAAGAGGUGGUCUGGAGCUGAGGAUGGAGGACUCCCUGGGGAGAAAGGAUAGCCCCUG